CACGCGACGGGCAGCUCCGCCCCAUCUCGCUCCGCCGUGGCCGCCCCGCGCCGCUCGCAGCCGCUUCUCCGCGCCCCGAGAUGCCGCUUUUCAGCGUGCCCAAGGAGGUGGCCGUCGGCACGGCCAUGCUGGGGGUCGCCUUCGCCACCGGGCUGCUGGCAGGUAGAAGAUACCCAUCCCUAGUGUUUGGGACAUCCAAACCACACAAGAGUAUUAUUGGAAAAAGCAGCCCUCUCUGGCAAUACAUACUGGAUCAUUCCUUGAGGGAACAUCCGAUUCUGAAGAAGCUGCGCUUGCUCACUGCAGAUUAUCCCUGGGGCAAAAUGAUGGUGUCCUGUGACCAGGCUCAGUUUAUGGCAAAUUUAAUCAAACUCAUUAAAGCCAAGAAAGUUAUUGAAGUAGGAGUUCUCACAGGAUAUAAUGCCUUGAGUAUGGCACUUGCCCUGCCAGAUAAUGGCAGAGUUAUUGCUUGUGACAUAAAUGAAGAUUAUGCCAAAAUUGGAAAGCCACUGUGGAAAGAAGCAGGAGUAGAUCAUAAAAUUGACCUACGGAUUAAGCCAGCUACUCAAACGCUUGAUGAGCUGUUGGCUGAUGGAGAAGCAGAAACCUUUGACUUUGCUUUCAUUGAUGCGGAUAAAGAAAGCUACAAUGAGUACUAUGAAAAAUGUUUGCGUCUCAUAAAGAAAGGGGGAAUAAUAGCUAUUGAUAAUGUUCUUCGGAGUGGAAGGGUGCUAAAACCAAGAAAGGAUGACUUGGAAACACAGAGCAUCCACCACCUCAAUGAGAAGCUUGUCAGAGAUGCACGAGUCAACAUCAGCAUGAUCCCAAUGGGGGAUGGAGUGACUUUAGUGUUCAAGUUGUAAAUGGAGGAAGCCCAGCACAUGGGAAACAGCAAGCAUCGCAUCACCAGGAAAAAUGCAGACAAAACACUGUCAAAAAUGAUUAUUUAACCUAUACCUCCACAGGAUAGUGCAGCCUGGGAAAGUAGACUUCAGAAGCAGCAAGACUGUAAGGGCAGCUGAGUUGAAGAGAGAGAUUUGCUUUGAGGUGUACUAUGGCUUCUUAUUUUCAUUAUAAUGAAGGAAGUACAUUAGAAAAUUGUCUUUUUAAGACAGUGAUUGAAAAAAAUAAAUACAUCUAGAAUGACUGACUUCCAGCUGUGUCAGUACAAGAGUUUCUCUGCCCUGAAAGAGGCUACUGGGGCUGAGACAAAAGGAAGGUGAGGGCACGGGGAAUUAAAAUACAGAAAUAUUACGUAACUGGGGCAAGAUCAUAGGGAAGUCCAAAAUCACUCUCAGAAACAAAUCUUAACCGCUAGAACACUCUUCCCCUAUGUUUUCACUGCUUAGAAUGGACAUUAAUUGCACCUUCCACUACUGAGGAGUAAGUCUUGAAUUUGGUCAGGAAGAAAGGGUUUGAGUAGCAGCUAGAUAAAGCAGUAGGUAAGCUGAGACAAAAUAAAAAUGCUGGUGUAACUCAGAACAAAUUUGCAUUAAUUAAGAGCAAAUGGGUCCCACUUUGUUAUAACUAAGAAAGACAAAGCAAAAAAUCUUUUGUUACCAGGAGAUUGGAGUUCAGCUGUUUGUGGAAAAAAGGUCCAUUUUCUGGUUGCCUUAUUGCUGCUCAUUUUGUUGGGUUAUUUCUGCAGAAGACACAGCAAGAUGAAUAAAGAAGGGGCUAAGGUACAUGUUUUGGUGACACAUUUUGAGGAGUGGAGAGGUGGAAACACUCUACAGAGUGAACUUGGAGCUCACAUGUGAUUAGUCUCUAAAAGCAGCAUAAAAUUUGGGCUGUUUAGUACUUCCUUACAUGCUAGGAAUCCAUGCAGGUAAGAGUAUUCAUCAAACUAUUUCCGUAGGUUCCCAUCUGUUGGGAACAUCUGUCUCAAUUUAACUGAAAGAGUGAAUCUGCCCAGUUUCACUGGGUCUUUGCACGUCCUGCAUGCUUCUUGCAAAACCGGGCCAGUAAAAUUCCUGUUUUUUCCCAGUUACCAUCACUGGCUUAGACACUUCGAUUUUUUUAAUGGCAGUGUAAAUGAACAGAAGGUUAAAGGGUCAUUGUCCACAAAAGACUCUAGAGGACACUAUUUAGUUGAAAAAGUCCAAAUGAGAAUUUGUUUUGGUGACUCAUUUUUGUGUAAUAAGACUAAGUAAAAAUUACAUGCCUACUCGAGAAGACUACUUUAUGUUCUUUUGGUAUUAAGAUACUUGCUAGGGAUUGUGAAGCACCAAGAACCUUAGUGUUUAUUCCUCCAAAAUAAAUGGGUAGCUAAAGUCAUAA